GAGAUACUGAGGCUGGGCUGAUGCAGCCUGGGCCGCUUCUGCCCCAGCCUGGCCUCACGGCAACUUUUCUAGGGCGCCUGGAUUUCAUUGCGGAGCUGCCAGAAGAGCCAAGAGCCGCUUGCACGGACGGGAGAGAGCGUGGCGGGGGGACUAGAGGCACUAGGAAAACGCCUAGCCUCCCGGGAGAGCGACUGGUCCCCUUCUUGCUCUCCCCAGCCUCCCCGUCACACAUGGAUCCCCGCUCCCUCGACGUGGCCGUGCAGAAGGCCCUGCUGUCCCUCUACCCGCCAUUCGACGUCACGGCCCCGACCGUCCUCAGCCAACUGUUCCGCCUCCUCGACAGCGACUACCAUGGCGACGGGCUCUGCUGCCUUCUCGACUUCCUCAUUCCUGCCAAGCGCCUCUUUGAGCGCGUGCAGGCGGCCUGCGCACCUUACCUGAACUGCAUCUUUCUCCACGAAGGCUGGCCCUUGUGUCUGCACGAGAAGGUGGUCGUUCACCUGGCACCCCUCAACCCUCUCCUGCUGCGCCCCGGAGACUUCUACCUCCAGGCAGAGCCCUACGGGGAGCAGUCGGCCUGCCUCACGGUGAAGUGCCUCUCCCGGGACUUGCGCACCGUGGAGGAGAGGCUGGUCCCUGAAUCCUCCCACGCCCUGCUGUUUACCAGCCACUGGCUGGAGGAAGUCAACCAUGCCCUGAGCGGAGCGCCGCUGCACACCUGCCUGGUGGCCACAGAAAAGGGCGUGGCCCCCCUGCCGUGGAGUCAGAUAGCCACGCCAGAGUUCAUCCACAAGCCCACGGUGGCACCAGGUCCCACCCAGCUCGGAGCGUCCCUUCUGGCACACGCCCUGGGCCUCAGCAGCGCCGCAGUGCCGGAGGAUCCGGCCUCACAGAGCGGCACUGGGUCUUUGGGCCUGGCAGAUGCUCCGAGGCUGCACGGUAACAUCCCGGGCACGGUCCUGGAUGGCCAAGAUGGGCCCGAGAGGUCAGGCCAGGGCAAGUACCCAGGACUCAUAAAAGUGGACCAAGCAAGCCCCCGGAAAAAGCCCAGCGCGUUUGUGGUGCCAAGCCCGUGUGACCGGGAAGGGGACUACGUGGACCUGCUGGAGUGGACUGAAGAAGUGAAGCUGGAGCAUCUGGCCACGUCAGGACCGUCCCAUGGCCAACCGGGACCUUCUGGAGAAACCCCGGUGUCGUCCGCGAGUAAACCGCGGCUUCCCACGGGCACGAGAGGGACAGCAGCAGAGAAGUGGCCCGGUGGGAAAGGGCAGAGCUCGGAGGAGGGCCCCUGCACCCCACUUCUGAGGAGGAAACUGCCCCGAGAUCCCAAAGUCCCUGGGCCGAGGUGUCGGUACCGCGAGUCCUACGUGGCUGCCAUCCGGAACCCUGUGAACCUGGGCUCUGGCCUGAUGGCAGCCAUACUGGAGGAGUCGCAUGUGCCCAGACAGGCGUUCCCUGUGGCAGGCAGGCCUCGGGAGAAUCCAGCUCCCGCCAUGCAGGGGCUGGACCAGGCAGCCGCUCCCAGACUCCUCUCUGGCUUUCCUCGGAAGGCCGAGCCGCAGGCGACCAACGCCGAGGAGGGGACAAGACAGGGGUACUCAAAGCUGCUCAGGUCUCCCGCUGGCGCAGUGAGAAACCUCCCUCGGUCACAGUCGCCUCCUGCCAGCCAUAAAUUCUCCUUCUUCAAGGGCCAGCGACAAGCAGCAGCCCCAGGGGCCGGCGUGUCUGGUGCCAGCCAACACGAAGGGCCGCGGAAGAGGAUGUCGGCCCUUUACUCUCCCCGGGUGAGCAGAGCCAAGGCAGCUGGGAAAGGUGCGGAUCAGACGGACGGGUCUCUCGGCGACGGUAAAGGGACUGUGCCAAAGCCCUGCCGCAGGGCACUGAGCGUUUGCUUUCUCCUGGCUGCAGGGAGCACAGAUAAGCUGGGCCGGGCCCUGAUCCAGGUGAGCACAAGCAGCAGCGCCUGGGAAGCCACCUGGUGCUCCGCCCCAGCGGUAGCCCAGCUCCUCCUGUACCUCUGCUCCAUCCCCAGGAGGGACGCCAGGGCCAGAGGGCUGACCGUGCUGGUGGAUGCCAGGAGACAGCCUCCCGCCCCGGCCCUGCACGCGGCCAUCCGAGCAGUCCAGAAGCUGCAUCCCUUCGUGGCAGAUCUCCAGCAGGCCUCCAAGCUACUGCAGAGCUCCAUCCAAGAACUGGAGGAGGGCGACCUCCCGGCGGACAGCCAGGUAACCACCUGCAACCAGCUCCAGAUGCUGCUACCCCCUCCCCCAAAGAGCAGCUUGGGCACCGGUGUUUCCUGGAAGCUAGGUCCCUGUGUGGCCACUCAGGAGAGAUUGAAGCUGCAUCCCUUCGUGGCAGAUCUCCAGCAGGCCUCCAAGCUACUGCAGAGCUCCAUCCAAGAACUGGAGGAGGGCGACCUCCCGGCGGACAGCCAGCUUGCAGCUGCCCCACAAGGUUCCCCUCUAGUUCUAGGAGGGGCGGCUGCAGCUCUGCUGAGCAGAGAUGGGCUGGGCAGACCUGUCCCCUUUUCUGCCCUAAGGAACAGCCUGGACUCCGCCCUGGGCCUCUACAGCCGAGUGGAGGAAGACGUUCACGCUUUGGUAACAAAAUCCAACCGCUGCCUGGAGCGUCUGGAGCUCCUCCGGCAGAUCCGGGAGCUGGAGGCAGAAUUCAGCAAGCUCAGCUGCUGGCUUGAGGAAGGGGAUUCUCGGCUCCGGGAGCUGAGCUCAGAGGAGUGGAACCCGCAGAACCCCGAGAGCUCCAGCCAGCGGUUUAAGGAAUUCUUCCUUCAGGCUACAGUAUGUCCACGGAUGCUUUGCCUUCCCGAUUCCCGGCUAGAGCGACACGUGGACCACGGUCCUUGCUGGGGCAGAACAAAAUCCCCAGGCCCCAGGAUUAGGGCUUCUCCCAUUUCAUUGCAUGUCAUUUACAGUCAACUGGGCGUCUUGUAGCCAAGGCCACUGGCAUAUUGGGGGGCAUUAGGAGGAGCAUGGCCAGCAGAUCCAGAGAAGUGAUUAUUCCCCUUUAG